AUGCAUGUGGCGCGAUAUGGGAAACAGAGGAAAAUAGUUUUGACAGCAGGAGAGCCGGAGAGAUUAUUGUCGCCAGCUGGUUCUCCAUUUGUCUAAACAACAUGUUUUCUGCAGAGCAAAGUUGUUGGUUUGUCCGUAAGGUGAUUUGUUGGAGAGCUGCGGCCAGUAUUGCUUGGGCUGUCCUCUUGUUGCCACCCACCACAGCCGUUUUUGUGAUCCUCAGCGGAUUCAGUCUUCUCCACCCAAUCCAGACGAUAUCAGAAUGUCUGUCCCUCUUAGGGAGUGGAAGUGCCAUCUUCUCCCUCAUCCUGCUAUGCGGAGUGGUCCUCAUGGUUGGGUUCCUGAACCUCGAGUAUUAUACAGUCAUCCCAACAAUCCCAUGCUCAAAAAUCGCCCUUUUGGGUCAGCUGCUCCACCCUCGUCAGUUUGUUAACUCCUUGGCCCACUGUAUCAUGGGAAUAAUCGUGGCCUGGUGUUGUGCCGUCACCAUCGGGGGCAGAUACGAGACGCUCGGUUACCCUUGUACACAGAGUGAUGGCUCCCCUCAGAUGUGUCUGAAUGAGUAUCACCUCAUUCUUCUGCUGGCAGGAGCCUUUGUAGGAUUUUCUCACAGUCUAUUGGGUGUGAUCCACAACAUGAACUAUGUUUCUUUCCACACUGUUCAGCAAUACAAGUACCUUCGCUUUAAGGGAUCCCUUCCUCUGGUGGUGAAGUGCAGUGCCACUCAAGCACUUUACUCUAUCAGGAACUACAUUAUAGUGUAUUUAUUUUUGGGUUACAUUCCAAGGGCAUGGAUCUGUAAAACGCUCAAUCUUCAUUUGAACAGCUCUGACAAUCCUCUCGACACCAUCGCCGGACUGCUGGACUUGUCCCUGUUCUACCACCUGUGGAUCAGUGCCACCUUCCUCCUCUGCACAUGGUACAUCACACUGCUGCUCUUUAGGAUCUUUGUCACUGAGGUGUACAGUUUUCCUGUGCAGUCAUCUUUUACUGAUGAUAUCCACCAGUGUCUUCCAAAAGUUCUUACUGACAAGCAUCCAAUGAUAUUGAAGUUUCUAGCCCUGCAGGACUUGGCUCUGCUGUCUCAACACUCCCCGUCACGACGCUGUGAGGUCUUCAGUCUGAGUCAGCCAGGUGGCCAUCCUCAUAACUGGAACGCCAUCAGCAAGGAGUGUUUGUCUCUGCUGGCUGAUCUGACUCAGAGACUCAUAGCCUAUCAUGAUACUAUAGCAACCAAUGGCAGGGCAAAAUCACUAUCUACUGGAAGUGAAAGGAAGACUUCAUCGGAGACAUCAGUAACCUCAGGCACAGAGGAUCUUAUGAGCCCCAGGCCCACUUUACUCAUGAAAACACCGGCCUCCGUCUUUGCCCGCUCCAUCGUUGGUGGUCCUUCGAGCCCCCUGACGGCACCAUUCACCCCUGACCUGAAUAGCCCCUUUGCUUCUCCGGGCCUGCGGCGUCUCACCGCUCCAGUAGAACAAUGCUCGCCGUGGCACGGAUCCGUGCAGAGCCCACACAUCAUGAGGAGAGCCCCAAAACUCUGGUCCGCCUCCACAGAUUCACUGGCCAAUGGCAGUCCCCCGUCAUCCCCUGCCUCAGUUCCCAGUCCAAAGCAGGAAUCCUCCAAACCAAGUCUCCUGGCUCAGUUCCUCCAGAACAGAAAAGAACAGGUUAAAAAUUUCUUGGCAAAGCGGGUGCUGAUAAUGUAUUUGUUUAACAAGCUCCCAGAAGCCUCCAGUCAAGCUCUGUUUGCAGACAGCCAGGCUCACAUCUGGGCUUUAGAGGGGCUGUCUUACCUUGUUCAAGCCUCUUUCUCAGAAGACCAGUUUGGCGUUGUACAGACUGCAUUACCCAACAUUCUCAGUUGCAUGCUUGUCUUACAAGAGGCAGUAGAUCGACACUUCAAGCUGCCUCACGCCUCCAGUAAGCCCGUCAGGUCAACGAGCAGCAUGGGAGACUCAACUUACAAAACACUGCGCUUCGCUCUCAGGGCCACACUCAAGACUGCCAUCUACAGGAUAACAACCACUUUUGGAGAUCACUUAAAUGCUGUUCAGAUGUCUGCAGAGCACCGGAAAAGAUUGCAACAGUUUCUGGAGUACAAGGAAUAACACAACUGACACUCGGCUCUUGUGCCUUCUGAUUCUUAUUAGUGUGAUUUGUGUGUGCGUGGGUGUGUGUGUGCAUGCACAUCAGCUUAAGUGAAGGAAUGAGUGAAAGCCCAUGAUAGUGCCUCUUUUAAUAUUUAUGUCUGCACUAUGUCGUGGCGGAUUGUAUUUGAUAGGCUAGAUCACAUCUCUCACACGCAUGAGGUGGCAAAGUCCAACUGACAGACUUGAACCAGGUUGGCAGGGGUUAUAAAAGACUGUCACCUCCUGCUUUUGGGAAACUUAAACUAGCUGAUUGUGUGGAUAAGCAGCUCAUUCCAUGUUUGAUUCAUUUGUUUCACAAGAGCAUAUCAAGUAAUCACAUUUGACUCGUGCUCACUGGGAUGAGUUGAUAAGGGCUGUCUAUAAUGAAUUAUGUAUGUUGUUUUUGGUUUCAUACUACAUCUUCUGUCUGCCUGAAUUAUAUCUAUGUGAUCUGAAAACAUUUUUGCAUCAGAUGUGAGUGAGAGGGUUGUCAGGAAUGUGUUCUGUGUUACGGGAGCUCUUCAGUUUCACAGGUGUUGGGAGAGUGUAUUCUGAAAAUGUAUUUUCUUAGAUCUGGUUUUGUUCUAAACACCAGCCUGGAGAACCGGUUUACAGCUGUGCACAUCAGCUUAGGUUCGCCAACGAGAAACGAUACUGUAAUCAGAUUUACAUCGAGACACCUGUUUUGUACGUUAGCUGAUGUUUUUCGUCAGGUUCGUUCAUGUGAAAUUAAACUGUCAUUCAUGUGAGAUCAAGGAUGGAGACUGACUGGUUACAUGUGUGGGUAAAUAUGUUUUGAUGGUCACUGCCAACAUGCAUUGAGUUUAACUUCCCACUCACAACCUAUUGAAUAAAAACAUUAUGUAAAUAAUA